AUGUCUGGUACUGUCAACAAUGGAACUGGGGGGAAUCAGCCUGCGGCUAAUGGCGCUGGUCAACUUGCUGCACUCGCUGCACCAACUCUGCCUAGCAACAUAAGUGCAGCGCUUACGCCUGACAAAUUCGAUGGCACGAAUUUCAAGCAGUGGCAGCAGAAGAUGCACUUCUUCCUGACCACUCUGAAUCUGGCAAAGUACCUCGUUGAGACUAAACCUCAGAUGCCUGCUGAACAAGAGGCAAACCCAGAUCCACGAGUUCAUAUGACUCUGGAAAACUGGGAGCAAGGAGAUUUCCUGUGCAGAGGUUACAUUCAAAGUCGCCUAGUGGAUCAACUGUUCAAUGUGUACAGUGAGGUCAAAACCCAAGGAGCUGUGGGAAGCCCUGGAUAA